GGUGAAUUGAGUCGGUAAUAAUUUGGGGAUAUGUGAAUUCAUAUCUCAAAAGGGCGCCAAAUGCCAAAUUCCCCCUCUAAACACUUCUACUUUUACCCUCAGAAAUUUCGUCUCCAUUCAUACGCCCAAACGAUGCAGCGCCAGAAAUCCAUACUCUCGUUCCUUCAGAAGCCGAAAAUUGAAAAACCGGUCGGCGGUGGAGCUGUCGUAGGCGACUCUGAGGCGGCUUCUGAGGAGAAGAUACAUCGGAGAAAUUUACCUGCAUCUAAUCAGCCUAUUAUUCACUCAUCUGCAGUGGAUUUCUCCCAUGAAAUCAUUGGAACGGACACUCCCCCAGAGAAAGAGCAACGUCCGUUAUUUUCCAGUAUCAAGCACAAGUUCGUCAAGCCUAACAGUGUCGAGAAGCCUCGUGAUAGGAAUCUGUCAGAUAGAAGCUGUGAUAAUAUCUUCUCAAUAUCUAAUAACUGUAGUUACUCUAAUGGAAGAGAGGAGGGUUCAGUUUCUGUUUUUUCAAGAAUGAAAAAUGAUUCUGAUGUAGAAAAAACAGUUUGUCAAGGGGAUAAAGGACAUCCCUUGAUCAUAGAAAGUGAUAGUGAUAUAACAGGGCCAGAAACUCCAGGUACAAAACCACUGAUUCCUCGUUUGAAGCGAAUCCAAGAAGAUGGUUGUACCUUUGGCUUUACUACUAGUACCACUACUGAUUUCUCUAUCAACAAUAGCAAAAGAGUGAAAUUUUCUCAAAAUUUACCUGCUAAAAACAAGAAAGAUGAAGUGGCAUCUGAAAUGCCUAUGAACAAUAGCAAAAGAGUGAACUUUUCUCAUGAUUUACUGUCUGAAAACAAGAAAGAUGAGGUGGCAUCUGAAACGCCUAUGAACAAUAAAAGAAGUUCAUAUUUUUCUCAUGAUUUACCUUCUCAAAACAAGAAAGAUGAUGUGGCAUCUGAAAUGGCUAGUAAGUUUGACUGGCUUCAUCCUUCACGAAUCAAAGAUGCUAAUGGAAGAAGGCCAAACAAUCCUCUUUAUGAUAAGAGAACACUUUACAUACCACCUGAUGUUUUGAGGACGAUGUCAGCAUCCCAGAAACAAUAUUGGGGUGUCAAAAGUCAAUACAUGGAUGUUCUUAUUUUCUUUAAAGUGGGAAAAUUCUAUGAGCUUUAUGAACUAGAUGCUGAAGUUGGACAUAAAGAGCUUGAUUGGAAAAUGACAAUGAGUGGUGUGGGGAAAUGUCGACAGGUUGGUAUCACCGAGAAUGCAAUUGAUGAUGCUGUUGAAAAGCUAUUGGCUCGUGGGUAUAAAGUUGGGCGAGUGGAACAGUUGGAAACAUCAGAACAAGCAAAAUCGAGAGGAUCUACUGCUGUAAUUCAAAGAAAAUUAGUAAAUGUGCUUACACCAUCAACCUUGGUCAAUGGUAACAUUGGGCCUCAAGCUGUUCAUCUUCUUGCUAUAAAGGAGGGUAUAAGAAAUCUUGAUGAUGGUUCAACUGCAUAUGGAUUUGCCUUUGUUGAUUGUGCUGCUUUACAAUUUUGGGUUGGAUCAGUCAGUGAUGAUGCUUCAUGUGCAGCUUUAGGGGCUUUGUUGAUGCAGGUGUCUCCUGCAGAAGUUAUUUUUGAAAGUCAAGGAUUAUCCAAAGAGGCUCAGAAGGCGCUUAACAAGUAUUCCUUAACCGGUUCUGUUGCCUCACAAAUGACCCCAUCAGUUCCAGCCACUGAUUUUGUUGAGUCCUAUGAAGUUCGAAAUUUUAUUCAAUUAAAAGGGUAUUUUAAAGGCUCCUCAAACUCAAAUCCAUGGGAUCUUGCACUUAAUCAAGUGGCUCAUCAGGAUAUUGCAUUAUGUGCUCUUGGUGGACUUUCCAAUCAUUUAUCCAGGUUAAAGUUGGAUGAUGCAUUAAAGAAUGGAAGUAUUCUACCCUAUGAAGUCUACAGAGGAUGCCUUAGAAUGGAUGGACAAACAAUGGCCAAUCUUGAAAUCUUCAGUAAUAAUGCAGAUGGAGGAACAUCAGGAACACUUUUCAAAUAUCUUGAUAGCUGCAUAACAUUUUCUGGAAAACGACUCUUGAGGAAAUGGCUAUGUCAUCCACUCAAGGACAUAGAGGAAAUAAACCACAGGCUUAAUGUGGUUGAACAACUCAUGGGUCAUCCAGAUAUCAUGUCACUUAUUUCUCAAUAUCUCCGGAAGCUUCCGGAUUUGGAAAGGUUUUUUGGACAAGUUAAAUCCACCUUUCAUUCAUCUGCUUUGCUUUUAUUGCCACUGAUUGGAAGCAAAAUAUUAAAGCAACGAGUGAAAGUAUUUGGGUCUCUUGUUAAAGGUUUACGUGUUGGAUUGGAUUUAUUGAAGGUGUUACAAAAGGAAGAUCAUGUCUUCUCGUUGUUACUAAAAAUAUUCAGUCUUCCGAUGCUAAAUGGGAACGAUGGAAUUGAUAAAUUUCUCACCCAAUUUGAAGCAGCUAUCGAUAGUGAUUUCCCAAAUUAUCAAGCACAUGAGAUCAAGGAUUCAGACGCUGAAAUCCUAUCAAUCUUGAUCGAGUUAUUCAUGGAGAAAUCAAAUGAGUGGUUUCAACUUAUUCUCGCUUUAAACUCCAUUGACGUUCUCAGAUCUUUUGCUGCCACGUCAAACUUCUCCUGUCUAGCCAUGUGUCGGCCCGUUAUAGUUCCUCGUUCAAACUCAUCGGGUCCCACACUUGAUAUGAAAGGAUUAUGGCAUCCAUAUGCGCUUGGGGAAACCGGAGGGACACCUGUCCCUAAUGACUUGUCUCUUGGAGAUAACCAAUUUGGUUACAAUCCUCGUACUUUGCUGUUGACUGGUCCAAAUAUGGGCGGGAAGUCAACCCUCCUUCGUGCUACCUGUUUAGCCGUUAUCCUUGCUCAGUUAGGUUGCUAUGUCCCAUGUGAAACAUGUGUUAUCUCGGCUGCUGAUGUUAUUUUCACGCGUUUGGGUGCUACUGAUCGUAUAAUGACGGGUGAAAGUACCUUUCUGAUUGAAUGUACAGAAACGGCGUCGGUUUUGCAAAACGCAUCUCAAGAUUCUCUUGUGAUUCUUGACGAAUUGGGCAGAGGAACAAGCACUUUCGAUGGAUACGCUAUUGCUUAUGCUGUGUUUCGUCAUCUUGUUGAAAAGGUGAACUGUAGGUUACUAUUUGCCACCCAUUACCACCCACUGACGAAGGAAUUCGCCUCACACCCUCACGUGACCUUACAACACAUGGCAUGUGCUUUUGAAAACGUGACGUCACUGUCAACCACCAACACCCAGAAGUUGGUGUUUCUCUACCGGCUAACCACCGGUGCAUGUCCGGAGAGCUACGGGAUGCAGGUGGCGUUAAUGGCGGGAAUUCCAAAAAAGGUGGUGGAGGCGGCUUGUAAGGCGGGGGAGGUUAUGAAAAGAAAGAUCGGAGUAAGUUUCCGGUCAAGUGAAAGGCGGUCGGAGUUUUCUACUUUGCAUGAGGAGUGGUUGAGGAGUGUUUUGACGGUGUCUAAAGCUGAAGCCCAUUGUCUUGGGGAUGGUGAAGAAGAUGACGUGUUUGAUACUUUGUUUUGUUUGUGGCAUGAGCUUAAAAGCUCAAACCAAAAGUUAAAGUAAAUCAGGGUAAAAAACUAAAAAUAGGAAUGGUGCUUUUUGAAGGGUAAGUUUUUGGAUGAU